GUUUCAAUUUAGACCAUACUCCUCUCUCAGUCUCCUCUUUUCCAGGCUAAACAUACUUGGCUCCCUCAACCCUUCCUCAUCAGGCUUGGUUUCCAGAUCCUUGAUCACAUUGGUCACCCUCCUCUGCACACGUUCCAGCUUGUCCACAUCCUUCUUAAAUUGUGGCGCCCAGAACUGGACGCAGUAUUCCAGGAUUUGCUAGCACCUCUCAUGAGGACAGACGGAACUGGGCAGAAGAACAAGGGCUUUCUUCUGAUCUCUUGGAGGCUUCCUGAGAGCCCAGAUGGAUGAGCAAGACUCAGCUGGCAGUGAAGCAAUAAGAGGCCAUGCCAUCAAAACAGAGAGCAGUGGGGCAUUUUUGGAAAACUCUGUACAGAAGAUCCUGGGGGAGGAGGACACCGUUUGCUCAGAUAUGAAGAGCAAGCAGUUCAGGCAGUUGUGCUACCAGGAGACCAAAGGACCUCGAGAGGUUUGCAGCCGACUCUACAACCUUGACUGUCGGUGGUUGAAGCCAGAAAAGCGCACAAAAGCUGAGAUGCUGGACCUGGUGAUCUUGGAGCAGUUCCUGGCUGUCCUUCCACUGGAGAUGGAAAGCUGGCUGAGGGAAUGUGGAGCAGAGACCAGUUCCCAGGCGGUGGCCCUGGCCGAAGGAUUCCUCCUGAGUCAGGCAGAGGAGAGGAAGCAGGCAGAGAGAAAGCAGGAAAAUGAUCUGUUUGCAGAAAUGGACAUUGAUUCCUUUGAGACAGAGAGGAUUCCAUUCGACACCAAAGAGAGACCAACGGGUGACAGAAGGAUGCCAGCAAGACCUCCUCAUCCAUCUUUCCAUGGUAGCGGAGAGGAAGCAGUGGCUGUAGAACCAGAUGAGGGUCCAGUGUGCUUUGAAGAUAUAGCUGUUCAUUUCACAGACGAGGAACGGGCUUUGCUGGAUCCCGACGAGAGAGCUCUGCAUAAGGAAGUCAUGGAGGAGAAUCGUGGGAUCAUGGACUCGCUUGGUGCUGAAGAAUUGCAAAUGAAGAAUGAGGGAGACCCCGACAGAAUCCAAACACAAGAGAAGCCGCUUAAAUAUUCAGGGUCUGGAAAGAGAUUGAGUCAGAGCUCCCACUCCACUUCCAAUCUAACAAAUCUCUUGGGGAAGAAACAAUAUCAGUGUUCGGAAUGUGGAAAGAACUUCUGUCGGAAAUCCAACCUCACUUCUCAUCAAAUAACUCACAGCACAGAGAAACCAUAUCAGUGCCAAGAAUGUGGAAAGAGUUUCAGUUGGAAGAGAAGUUUCACUUCCCACCAAAAAAUUCAUACAGGAGAAAAACCCUAUCAGUGUUUGGAAUGUGGAAAGAACUUCAGUCGAAAGGAUGCUUUCACUUUCCAUCAAAGAAUUCAUACAGGGGAGAAACCGUAUCAGUGCAUGGUAUGUGGAAAGAGCUUCAGUCGGAAGCAAAGUCUAACUUUCCAUCAAAGAAUUCAUACAGGGGAGAAACCCUAUUCUUGCUUGGAAUGUGGAAAGAGCUUCCGUCAGAAGGAUAGUCUCACUUCCCAUCAAAGGAUUCAUACAGGGGAGAAACCAUAUCAGUGCUUAAAAUGUGGGAAGGGGUUCUAUGGGAAGAAUAUGCUCACUUCUCAUGAAAAAAUUCAUACAGCGGAUAAACCCUAUCAGUGCUUGGAAUGUGGAAAGAGUUUCCGUCAGAAGAGUGAGCUUACUUCCCAUCAAAGAACUCAUACAGGGGAGAAACCAUAUGAGUGCAUGGAAUGCGGAAAGAGCUUCACUCACAGAGCUGGUCUCGUGUACCAUCAAAGAUUCCAUACAGGGGAGAAACCAUAUGAGUGCUUGGAGUGUGGAAAAAAGUUCAGUUGGAAGAAUAUGCUCACUUCCCACCAAAUAAUUCACACGGGGGAGAAUCCCUAUCAGUGCUUGGAAUGUGGAAAGAGCUUCAGUCGCAAGGAUAGUCUCACUCUCCAUCAAAGGAUUCAUACAGGGGAUAAACCAUAUCACUGCUUAGAAUGUGGAAAGAGCUUUACCCAGAGGGCCGCUCUCAUGUCCCAUCAAAGAAUUCAUACAGGGGAGAAACCAUAUAAGUGCUUGGAAUGUGGAAAGAACUUCGCUCACAAAGCCGGUCUCAUGUCCCAUCAAAGAAUUCAUACAGGGGAGAAACCGUAUGAGUGCUUGGAAUGUGGAAAGAGGUUCAGCUGGAAGAAUAUGCUCACUUCCCACAAGAUAAUUCACACAGGGGAGAACACCUAUCCGUGCUUAGAAUGUGGAAAGUACUUCAGUCGGAAGGAUAGUCUCACUUCCCAUCAAAGAAUUCAUACAGGAGAGAAACCUUAUCAGUGCUUGGAAUGUGGGAAGGGGUUUUAUGGGAAGAAUAUUCUCACUUCUCAUCAAAAAGUUCAUACAGGGGAGAAACCCUAUCUUUGCCUGGAAUGUGGAAAGAGUUUCCGUCAGAAGAGCGAGCUCGUAUCCCAUCACAGAAUUCAUACAGGGGAGAAGCCAUAUCAGUGCUUGGAGUGUGGAAAGAGGUUCACUCACAGAGCUGGUCUCAUGUACCAUGAAAGAACACAUACGGGAGAGAAACCAUAUGAGUGCUUGGAGUGUGGAAAGAGGUUCAGCUGGAAGAAUAUGCUCACUUCCCACCAAAUAAUACACACUGGGGGGAAUCCCUAUCCUUGUUUGGAAUGUGGAAAGAACUUCAGUCGGAAAGAUAGUCUGACUUCCCAUCAAAGAAUUCAUACAGGGGAGAAACCUUAUCAGUGCCUGGAAUGUGGAAAGAGCUUCACUCAGAGAGCCAGUCUUAUGUACCAUCAAAGAAUUCAUAUGAGAAGGAACCAUAUCGGUCCUUGGAAUGUGGAAGAGCUUCAAUCAGAGGGCCAGUCUCACUUCUCAUCAAUUAAGUUACCGUGGGGAGAAACCAUAUAAGUUUUGGAAUGUAGAAAGAGCUUUACCCACUCACCGUCAAAGAAUUCAUAUGUUGGAAACUAUGGAAAUGUUUGUAAUGUGAAAUGAGCUUCAGCUGUAGCUCCAAUUUCACUUUCCAUCAAGAAACUCACGAGUAGAAUCAUAGAGUCUCAGAAUUAUAGAGCUGUAGCAUUUGAGAGGACUCUUGUGUGUUGUCUAGUCCAUCCACCUGGAAUGCAGGAAUCUACACUAUGGCAGAUGAGCAUGCAACCUCUGCUUAAAAACCUCCAUGGAAGGAGAACCCACCUCCUUCUGAGGCAGCCUGUUCCACCGUUGAACAGCUCUUACCCAUAGAAGGUUCUUCCUGAUGUUUAGUCUGAGUCUCUUUUCUUGUAACUUGCAUCCAUUGCUUCAGGUCCUGUCUUCCAGAGCAGGACAAAACAGGCUUUCUUCAUCUUGUCCCCUCUUCCAUGAGACAGCCCUUGAGAUAUUUGAAGAUGGCUAUUAUAUCUCUUCUCAGUGUCUUCUUUUCUAGGCUGACCAUUCCUCAUAAGGCUUGGUUUCCAGACCCUGGAACAUCUUGGUCACCCUCCUCUGCACCCAUUCCGGUUGGCUUGUUUUUUGUUCCUGUUCCAUGGUGUCAGGGACUGGGCAGAGGAGGAAUGGUGGAGACCACCUCCCCAGCCUGAUCUUUCCAGAGAUGAAGACAGUUCAGAAUUACAAUAGGGGUUUGAGGGAGGUCACAGCUCAGAGGCAGAUGAGGGGGAAAGCUGGGAAAUAAGGGGAGAUGAGGAGGAGGAAGAGGAAUCACCAGGAGGGCAAUAGCUGACAGACACAGUGUCUUGAGAAAGCAUUCUAGACCCCCCUCUCCCAGACCCCGGCAAGCCUUGAAAGUACAGUGGUAGCUCGGGUUACAUACACUUCAGGUUACAGACUCUGCUAACCCAGAAAUAUUACCUCGGGUUUAGAACUUUGCUUCAGGAUGAGAACAGAAAUUGUGCUCUGGCAGUGCAGCAGCAGCAGGAGGCCCCAUUAGCUAAAGUGGUGCUUCAGGUUAAGAAGAGUUUCAGGUUAAGAACAGACCUCCAGAACGAAUUAAGUUCUUAACCUGAGCUAUCACUGUAGAGCAAAGGGCCCUCAGUGCCACCCAUAGGGGAGAAGGUGGCAAAUGAGGGAGAAAAAGGGAAGAAGAAGAAGAGUUUGGAUUUGAUAUCCCGCUUUAUCACUACCCGAAGGAGUCUCAAAGCAUCUAACAUUCUCCUUUCCCUUCCUGUCCCACAACAAACACUCUGUGAAGUGAGUGGGGCUGAGAGACUUCAGAGAAGUGUGACUGGCCCAAGGUCACCCAGCAGCUGCAUGUGGAGGAGCGGAGACACGAACCUGGUUCACCAGAUUACUAGACUACCGCUCUUAACCACUAUACCACACUGGCUCCCAGGGAGUGGAGAAUCACACAGGACAACACCAUUAGUCCCAGAGGCUGCGUUCCAAGCCUCUGUCUGUAAAUAUUGAAUAAAAAGCAGAUGGUAAGGACUUUUCAUUGUCUGUUCCUGGCAACCUGCUGUAGGGGCUGUUUCCUCUGCUGCCUGACAUGUAGACUAGUCUGACUUUUAUUGUAUGUCAAAAAAUUCAUUAAAUUUCCUUCUGCCCUC